UUAAUUUAUAGAGUUUAUACUAGGGAUGACAACAAAACAAGAACCCAUGUGUACAUACCCGACCCAAUUCGGUCAACACGAGUAAAAUCCGCGUUGACGGGUAUCGGGCCGGGUUCGAGUUUAAACCCGUACACUAUUCACUGGGGUUGGGUUUGAGUUUAGAUAUACCCGACCCAUGGAUACCCCCUCACACUUAUUUCAUUGCCCUAUUCUCCCCAAACCCUAUCCUAAAUCUAAUUUCCCUAAAUCUAACUCUCACUACACUUAUUCUUUGUGCUUUUAUUUAGUGUAAUUGUGAUAUGUUUGAUUUUUCUAGAAUGGUGCUUUAUGUAUGGAUAUUUGUAUGAGGAAAUUGAUGUUCGAAUUUUAUUUUGAUAGAACUUAUUAUUGUAAAUUUUUUACCACAAAAACCCAUGGGUACCCAUGAACCUGCGGAUACCCAGCGGGUUGAGUUGGGUUUAAGUUUUCCAAACCCAAUAAGUUUUACCCCCGAAUUUUCUUAAGGAUAAUACGACCUUGGUGGGUGUAUUUUUAUCCAAGUCACGCAGCAAACAAUAAAUCCGGAGAUUUAUUGAGAAUCGAAUCAAGAACAACGUGUUCUUAAUACGAAAAUUGGAUAAAACGAAAACGAAAGGGAAUUCUUACACCUGGAAGAAUGCACAAUCGUUAUGGUGAAGCUUUCGAUAUAAUCGAGUGUGAUUGCUCGAUCAAUAAGCAGGUCAACAAGUUUUGAUCGCAACCAAAACCUAAGAACAAGUUCGCAAACUUGAACAAACCAAAACGGUUUCUUUUUCGAUUAACCAACAAAGUCUAUAUUUUUACAACGAAUAUAGAAGGCUAUUUUAUAGACAAGAAAACCUAAUACAAACCUAAAUGAACAAAGAAACAAAUAAGGUAAACUUCUACUCUAAAAAGGACACAAAAUUCGGGUUUAAACUCCCUUUCUUGAAGCACAAGCAAGCUGACAGCAAACAAUCCAAAAGCAGCUUUUGUACUAACUUUUCGCCUUUCGUUCAAGGCCUUCUAGAACUCCAAUUCUUCAUCCAAUUCCUUCCCUUUGUUCACAAACAUACCUAGUUUCACGUUGUGGAAGACUUUUGACUUGAUUCCCACCCAUGCUCCUUGAAUUGAGCUCCAAAGUAGGCUUCACAAAACAGUUUUAUGCCUUUGCCAUUUUCUGGCAGUUUUCCAGUUUUGAAGUAGCAACUUUGAGGUCUUGGAAAACAGCCUUAAUUACAUCUUCUAGAUCCAAAAUGCAUACCAUUAGAAACAUGACAACUUUAUAUUUAAAACAAGACCUUGAUCUCCAAUUUUCAUUGAGCCAUUUGGAUGAUACAAGCUUCCAAAGUAGGCUACCUGAAACUGUUUCAACACUUAGCCAAAAAUCAGAAUACUUCAAGUUAGUUGAGAUGACUUCUUUGACAAGUAAUUGUGAAUUGUGCAUUGAUCCAAUUGGAAUCAUAUCAAAGAAUACCAAACCCUUAUACGCUAUCUAAAUAGGUUGCAAACACACAUGGUAGAUUUUUUAUUCUUAAGCUGCAUGAGAAUCUCAAUUCACAUCCACGGGGAAAAAUCACAAUUCACUGCAAAAAAUAACUGCAAUUGUGUACCUGUACCACUAUUCCAGGUUGGCAAUUAUGAAUAUAGCAAAAUAAAUAUUUAUUGUCUUCUUCUGUCAGUUUGUUACGGUGUUACCCCAUUUCGUAUUUUCACAAGUGGAAACUAUUCAGUCAAACGGAGAUUAUUGGAGCCUUGGUGUCUAGGGGUGUACAUGGGUCGGGUGGUUCGGGUUUAACCAUUUUAAUCACCCGACCCAUGCACUACGGUUUGGAAAUUAUCAAACCCAAACCCACCCAAAAAAAUUAAAACCCUACGGUUUGUUUCUAAUUGGGUUGGGUCGGGUUGGCGAUAUUUUUAAGUAAAAACCCAACCCAACAUAAAAAUAUAUAAUUAUUAUACACCAUAAAAAUAUUUUAUAACUAAUUAAAAUUUCAAACGAAUAAACCGAGGUGAAAGCUAUCAAAAUUCAAAAAUGUUGUUUGAAUUUUAAUAAAAUGUGAUUUACUUCAACAUAUGUCUAGUUUUUUUUCACGAUAUUUGUUGAAAUAGGCUAAAAAGGUUAUAAACAAACGCAUCCAUAAUAUGUUAUUCUAUUAAUAUUGUACACAAGAAAAAGGAUUACGUGAAUCAUAACUAUACUCAAUUUAUGUCUAAACUUUAAGUCGAAGAAUGCAUUAGAUUAGGGAGACCAUGAUAGAAAAACAUGGCGAAAUAUCUUAAUUUUCUCAUAAGUAUUGCUAUAUACGACACAAAUAUUUUUUAGAUACGAACUCAUACUAAUAGUUGGAACACGGGUUGGGUCGGGUUCUACGGGUUGUGUAAUCCAAAAUCCAAACCCAACCCAAAAGAGGCGGGUUGUACAAAAGAAAACCUUCACCCAACCCAAAACCUUCGUUUUAGCGAUAAAUACGGGUGGGUUGGGUCGGGUUGGACGGGUGGGUCGGUUUGCGGGUGUGUUUGUUCACCCCUAUUGGUGUCACUCUCAUCAAAUGCUGACGCAUAAAAUGACGUUUUCCAAUCCAACUUCUUGCUUCUUUUUAUUUUUUAUGUGUGUAUAUAUUGGCAAAAUUGUAAUGAAAGGAAAAAAUAAAUUAAAGGCAAAAUACAGCUGUAUAUCCACAACUAUCAGGUUUGUGACAAAUAUAUCCACAACUAUCGAAAUACACGAAAUAUCCAAAAAUCGGAAGGUUGUGUGACAAAUCCAUCCACUUCCGUCGGAAACUAUAACGGCGUGUCGGACGGCGUUAAAUUGACUAACGGAAUGUUGAAUCGAUGUCAUCUCACCUGCCACAUAAGCCAAAAAGCAACCAAACUUUACACGUAGAUGCCAAAUAUGCUAGUUGAAUAAAGGCAAAAUACAUCUGUAUAUCCACAACUAUCAGGUUUGUGACAAAUAUAUCCACCAGUAUCAGGUUUGUGACAAAUAUAUCCACAACUAUCGAAAUACAGGAAAUAUCCAUUUAUGUCCACUUCGUUAACUCCGUCAGUUAACUUGAUGACUGGACAGACGGUGGAUGCUUAGUUGGCGUGUUUCUGGCCCCACUGAAUGACGUGGAUUAAAAGAGGGAAAAUUUUAAAAACCCUAAAAACCACAGACGGCGAGACUAAAAAUCCAACCCAGAAACAUGCCCAAUAACCACUUAUCCUCCUCCGAUCUACGGCUCCACCCCCAAAUAACCCUACCCCAAGCCCAGAUUUCGAUUCCAACCACAAUCCCCAACCAUUGCCUCCCUUUUACUCCGACAGCUUCCAUGCAGUCGACGCCAUGGUGAUACCAAGCUUGAAUCUAAAAAAAAAAAUUUGAAUCUAACCAAAUCGCGAACAAAGAAGACUGCAUCAGCGAGGUCUAACAGAUAACGAUGUAAAGUUUAGUUGCUUUUUGGCUUAUGUGGCACGUGAGAUGGCAUCGAUUCAGCAUUCCUUUAGUCAAUUUAACGUUGUCUGACACGUCGUUAUAGUUUCAGAUGAAAAUGGAUAGAUUUGUCACACAACCUUCCGAUUUUUGGAUAUUUCGUGUAUAUCGAUAGUUGUUGAUAUAUUUGUCACAAACCUGAUAGUUGUGGAUAUACAACUGUAUUUUGCAUAUUUUUUUCUCUCUAUUAAUCCACGUCAUUUAGUGGGGUCAGAAACACGCCAACUAAGCAUCCACCGCCUGUCCAGUCAUCAAGUUAACUGACAGAGUUAACGGAGUGGACGGAAAUGGAUAUUUCGUGUAUUUCGAUAGUUGUGGAUAUAUUUGUCACAAACCUGAUAGUUGUGGAUAUACAGCUGUAUUUUGCCUAAAUUAAAUUCAGAAGUAACCGUUUGAUAAAUUUUUUGUGUUUCUGCCCACAAAGUAAAGGCUGUUGACUUACUAACCGUUAAACGCGUUGAAAGUCCAAAUUAACGAUCAACAAAUUGAUCGAGCCAAAUUGACAGUGGGAUCAAGCAAUUGUCACCUCUUGAAAUUCCCAACCCCCAACCUUUAGAUUUGCUCCCCUGUCAUAAAUAUUGAUUAUUGAGUACACGUAACUUGAAGCAUAUAUAGUACAAAAUUGGGUGGGGUUUAUGAAGAAUAGGAGGGGGAAUGAAUAGGGGAUUUGAGGCUGAGAAUUGAAAACAUAAUACACAUCAGCAUCUAAAAUGUUAGUUUUGCCAAACUAACUCUUGGCUGGGGAUCCAUCUUAUUUCUGCCUUUCUAUUUGUGCCCUCCUUAACUUGGUCCAUCUCUCUCGUUUUGGUACAUUCCUAAAAUGAUUGGUUGCACUACAACCAUGCGGUCGUUUGAGGAUUGAGUGGUGCGUACAUAUCUCAUAUAUGUGUGGAUUCACGGUCCAAACUCAUAGUCACGAUCAACGUAAAAUAGAUGGUCACUUAAAAGUUCAAAUGAUAAAAUAUGCAUCUAAGAAAAUGAUACGAUCGGGAUAUACUACUCGCAUUCAAGAGCGAAAGAGUAGCCAAAUAAAGUUGAGAUGAAUAUACUGCUCCCAUUAGUAGGCAUAUGUGGCUGAUUAAGAGCUCAAAUUAGUGCUUAUAGUAUGAUCCAUUGAGUAAAAUUGGAGCAAUGAAAUUGUACCAUAAGAGCCAAGUCAACGUUGGUAGAUAAAAAAAAACAUAUUGGAAAACUUUGGGUAUUAAAAUGACUUAAAUAAACUUCACCCAUCCCAGGGGCGGAGCUAUGUGGGCCCUUGGAGGGCCCCCCGAGAAUUUUGAAAUUACGUACAAAUUUUUUUAUGGUUUAGGAAAAUUACGUAUAAAGUACAGUUUUAUAUCAAAUACCAUCGUGAGCAAUAGUAUAUCACAAAAUUUGAAGCUAGCUCAGCGGGUAAAACUCCCAUUUUAUCCCACCAGACCCAGUUCCUAUCGAUAGUGUUCAUUAAUAGGUUUUUUGCAUUUGUUUUGUGCUUCUAAACUAGGUGUAAUGACUACACACCCAGCCAUAAGUGAGUUCCAUCGUCUUUACAUAUUACGCAUUGACAUGCAUGAUGUUUUUAGGUAGGUUACUCAUUUAUUAAACAUAACACAACAUAAACUAUUUAUUAGAAUUAUUUAAUUAUCUCUAGUAAUAUAUUAUGCAUUUAUAAUAACAAAAAAUAUUAAUUUCCUCAUAUUAAUUUUUUCAGAUUUGCUAUUAUGACAAAACAACUCCGGCCCACCGAAACCUAAAUCCUGGCUCCGCCUCUGACCCAUCCUCCGCUCGCGUGGGUCCCAUGUCGGCACAGACGAAUGACGUCUCUCUUUCCUAAGAUAUAUUAUCCAGCUGGUCUACCCAAAAUCUUUACCUGGCCAUCCUUCCUCCACGUGUCCUUCUCCCUCCCCAAUUUAAUUGCAAUUUUCCCACCCUCCUCUCCUUCCCAUUUUCUCGCGCAACCACCAAUUUUCUCUGCUCGAUUUUUUUUUCCUCCCUCCGAUCAGACAGCUCGUGCGGCGAACCCAAACUAAAAAAGAUCAAAACUGUUUCCACUUCCCCAGCUGCUUCAAUGGGAACCGAAAUCGAAAUCCUCAAGGCGACUUCCAUGGCGGCCGCAGCUGCCGAGGCCGUCGUCGGCGGCGGGUGGGGUGCCAUGUCAGCAAAUCGCUGCGACAGCUGCAAGACGGCGGACGCGACGGCCUUUAGCCGCGCUGAUUCGGCCUUCCUCUGCCUCCCCUGCGACGGAAGGAUCCACUAUGGGAGUAGUAAUGGCAGUAAUAACAAUAAGCCCGUGUCCAGACACCAGCGGGUUUUGAUGUGCGAUGCCUGCGAGCAGGCUCCGGCCGCCGUCACCUGCAAAGCCGAUGCUGCAGCGCUCUGCGUUACCUGUGAUUUGGAUAUCCAUACGGCGAAUCCGGUCGCACACCGCCACGAGCGUGUUCCAAUCGAGCCGUUCGUCGACUCUGUUUCCGGCGAGGUUGGAAACAGAGCAUACUCUUCGGGAUUCGAUAUCAUGUUUCCGAAGGUAAAUGAAGGUGGGAACGGUGGUGGAGGUGGGUGUGACUACGACCACGAGGCGGACGGAGUUUCCUGGAUGCUUCCCGGCGGCAUCGUCGGCGCCGGAGGUGGGUUAAUUCCUCAACUGAAUCAGAAACUUGGGGAGCACGGGAAGUACUCCGGAGGUCAGUUUUUUGAGGAUAUGGAUGAGCUUUUGGAAUUUGAGUAUGGAAACCCUUUGGAUGGGAGGUUUCAGCCGAGCUACAGCUGUGGUUCCGAUGGAGUUGUGCCAGUGCAGAGCAAGCCACUUCCACUGCAACUGCCGGCGACUACUGUAGGCCAUCCGAUUCUAUUGACAGACUGUGAAAGUGGGCUGGAAUUUGAUUUCUCUGGCUCGAAGCUCUCUUCUUUCAGCUACCCAACUCAGAGCUCCCUUAGCAAUAGUGUUUCAUCAUCCUCCCAUGAUGCCGGAAUCGUGCCAGACGGGAGCUCGAACUCCAUGUCCGAGAUUUCGUUCUCUUUCGAUCAUCCGAAUGUGCCCAUCUCGAGCGCUCCAACUACUGCGAACCCGAAUCAUCACCAUCAAGCUCCAGCGGCCCAGCAGCUCUGCGGGCUGGACAGAGAAGCCAGGGUGAUGAGGUACAGGGAGAAGAGGAAGAACCGGAAGUUCGAGAAGACGAUUCGCUACGCGUCUCGCAAAGCGUAUGCCGAAACCAGGCCGAGGAUCAAAGGCCGGUUCGCCAAGCGUUCGGAGAACAACACCAUGGAACCAGAUUUCCAGAGCAGCCUCUACGGCUCUGCUGUUGCUGCUGCUGCAUCUCUCUCUUUCCUCGGCGACAUUGAUAGCCCGUUCGACCUCGUUCCAUCAUUUAGAUGAUGAUGGAUUGGUUAAUGGCGAUAGAUGAAAGGGAGUAUAUAAUUACUAAUCUCCCGAUGCAUACAUAAUCCUUUCACAGAGUUGAUUGCUAGUGUGGUGUAAUUGAUUUCAAAGACUAGAGAUGAUGAGCUUCUUUUUAGUUUUCACAUUACUCCCAACUCUUAAAAGCUUCCCGUUUAAAGCGCAGAAGUUAAUCUGCUAACAGGGCAAAGUGUUAGCAGAUACUAACAGGGCAGGAUGAAGGGCCACGUCGGCCCAUGUUUCAUCCAACGGAGGGGAGAGCGGCUUGGAGGCGGCUCACUUAAGUGAGCUUGCAGUGGGCCAAAGUGAGAAGUCAGCCCAGUUACCAGCGGCGGCGGCAGAUCAAGGCAGGUGGCGUGGUGGGCUGGUGGGCCCGGCUUGAGUUUGGGCGGGAGAAUGGAGAGGAGUGGAAAGAGAAUGAAAAUUGAUGGGCCCUCUUUGAUAUUUAUGUAUGUUUGUUUGUGUAAUAUUUAUUUGUUUUCAGUCGAUAUUAUUUUGUGUUGUGUUGAUAUUACUUUGCAUCAUUGUUGAAAUGAACUAGUAUUCUACCUUCGCAAACCAAUAUCCAUCAUUAAACUAAUAUGAAGGAUUGGAAUAUUGUGUCUUACGUCAAAUUAAACACACUAUCAAGUCCUACACACUAUCAAGUCCUAACACAUAAGGCUUGCAACCUUAGUUAGGGCUGCCCGCCGAGGGCCCAUGGGCCGAAGGCCCAUUAAAUAGUAAUAGUUUUUAUUGUUUGUAGUUUAUUUUUUACGGUUUAUGGUAUAGGUUUGGUUUAGGGUUUACGGUAUAGAGCUUAGGGUUAAGGUUUCAACAAUAGGGUUUGGGUUCUCUUUGAGGGUUUAAGGUUUAGUCUGGUUAAUAUGAAUAUCUAUUCUUUCCUGAUUAUAUUGUUUUUAGAGUUUAUUUAGUAGUGUUCAUUGUUUAGGGUUCGGGGUUAGGGUUUCUUGUUUCAAUGUUUCAUGUUUAGUUUUAGAUAUUUGUGUGUAACCUUUGAAUAUUCUCGGCUUGGGCAAACAAUAAUAGUUUUAUUUGUGUGUAACCUUUUAAUAUUCUCGGAUUAGGGUUUUAGAGUUUAGAGUUUAGGGUUUAGGGUUUAGGGUUAGAAGAUAUUAGUUGGUCUGUUGUGGAUACUUGUCUUUACUAAUUGUAAUACUUUUUACUAAACAAAUGAUAUUUAUUUGUGUGGCAACUUUGAAUAUUCUCGGCGUGGGCAAACAAUAGUAGUUUUAUUUUUUUAGUGUUUAGUGAUUAGGGUUUUAGAGUUUAGGGUUUAUGGUUAGGGUACAAAUAGGAGAUAUUAGUUUGUGUGUUGUGGAUACUUGUCUUUCCUAGUUUUAAUACUAUUUACUAAACACAUGAUAUUUAUGUAAACCAUUCUGAUAUUUAUUUAUUGUCAGUCGAUAUUAUUUUGUGUUGUGUUGAUAUUACUUUGCAUCAUUGUUGAAAUGAACUAGUAUUCUACCUUAGCAAACCAAUAUCCAUUAUUAAACUAAUGUGAAGGAUUGGAAUAUUGUGUCUUACGUCAAAUUAAACACACUAUCAAGUCCUACACACUAUCAAGUCCUAACACAUAAGGCUUGCAACCUUAGUUAUGGCUGCCCGCCGAGGGCCCAUGGGCCGAAGGCCCAUUAAAUAGUAAUAGUUUUUAUUGUUUGUAGUUUAUUUUUUACGAUUUAUGGUAUAGGUUUGGUUUAGGGUUUACGGUAUAGAGCUUAGGGUUAAGGUUUCAACAAUAGGGUUUGGGUUCUCUUUGAGGGUUUAAGGUUUAGUCUGGUUAAUAUGAUUAUCUAUUCUUUCCUGAUUAUAUUGUUUUUAGAGUUUAUUUAGUAGUGUUCAUUGUUUAGGGUUCGGGGUUAGGGUUUCUUGUUUCAAUGUUUCAUGUUUAGUUUUAGAUAUUUGUGUGUAACCUUUGAAUAUUCUCGGCUUGGGCAAACAAUAAUAGUUUUAUUUGUGUGUAACCUUUUAAUAUUCUCGGAUUAGGGUUUUAGAGUUUAGAGUUUAGGGUUUAGGGUUAGAAGAUAUUAGUUGGUCUGUUGUGGAUACUUGUCUUUACUAAUUGUAAUACUUUUUACUAAACAAAUGAUAUUUAUUUGUGUGGCAACUUUGAAUAUUCUCGGCUUGGGCAAACAAUAAUAGUUUUAUUUUUUUAGUGUUUAGUGAUUAGGGUUUUAGAGUUUAGGGUUUAGGGUUAGGCUACAAAUAAUAGAUAUUAGUUGGUGUAUUGUGGAUACUUGUCUUUCCUAGUUUUAAUACUUUUUAUGAACCACAAGAUAUUUCUUCAAAUUAAUUUGAUUGUUUCCCCAAUUGUGUUGAUAUUUAUUGGAAUCUGAGGAAAUAUUUCCUUAGUUCAUGUGUUUGGAUAUUUGUGUGGAACCUUUGAAUAUUCUCGGCUUGGGCAAACAAUAAUAGUUUUAUUGUUUUAGUGUUUAGAGAUUAGGGUUUAGAGUUCAGGGUUUAGGGUUAGGAAGAGGCUACAAAUAAUAGAUAUUAGUUGGUGUAUUGUGGAUACUUGUCUUUCCUAGUUGUAAUACUUUUUAUGAACCACAAGAUAUUUCUUCAAAUUAAUUUGAUUUUUUCCCCAAUUGUGUUGAUAUUUAUUGGAAUCUGAGGAAAUAUUUCCUUAGUUCAUGUGUUUGGAUAUUUGUGUGGAACCUUUGAAUAUUCUCGGCUUGGGCAAACAAUAAUAGUUUUAGUGUUUUAGUGUUUAGAGAUUAGGGUUUAGAGUUCAGGGUUUAGGGUUUAGGGUUAGGAAGAGGCUACAAAUAAUAGAUAUUAGUUGGUGUAUUAUGGAUACUUGUCUUUCCUAGUUGUAAUACUUUUUAUGAACCACAAGAUAUUUCUUCAAAUUAAUUUGAUUUUUUCCCGAAUUGUGUUGAUAUUUAUUGGAAUCUGAGGAAAUAUUUCCUUAGUUCAUGUAUUUGGAUAUUUGUGUGGAACUUUUGAAUAUUCUCGGCUUGGGCAAACAAUAAUAGUUUUAUUGUUUUAGUGUUUAGAGAUUAGGGUUUAGAGUUCAGGGUUUAGGGUUUAGGGUUAGGAAGAGGCUACAAAUAAUAGAUAUUAGUUGGUGUAUUGUGGAUACUUGUCUUUCCUUGUUGUAAUACUUUUUAUGAACCACAAGAUAGUUCUUCAAAUUAAUUUGAUUUUUUCCCCAAUUGUGUUGAUAUUUAUUGGAAUCUGAGGAAAUAUUUCCUUAGUUCAUGUAUUUGGAUAUUUGUGUGGAACCUUUGAAUAUUCUCGGCUUGGGCAAACAAUAAUAGUUUUAGUGUUUU